GCAGGCCGUGUUUGUAUUUAAAAGAGGACAUAAAAAUAUUUAGUAUGCCAAUUAAAACAGCCUGUAGACCUUUAGCAACUUACUUUAAAUAAUGAGAUCACUGAACUGUGACAAUUAGAGAUCUAAUAGAAUAGAAUGUCCUUUUAACCAUCGGUGUUUUUUAUGUUAUCUAUUAUACAAUUAAAUUCUAACGCAUCUGUUACUUAAUUACAACAUUUCAUUCAUAAUUUAAACCAUAACAAGUCUCGCUAUUUGGCUAGUGGUAGGUUAAAGAAAAAAUGGACAAAGUGUUUGACAGAUUUGACAGGAUUUCCAGUGUUCAAUAGGUUAUCCGUGGGCAGUUUAAACAUAGUCGUAGUGGAAUUUACUUGCCUUUAACCUUUCUAUAGUAAAAACUGAACUUAACUUUACUCGGUAUUCAACCAAAACGCCGGAUAGUCCUCGCACAUGUUUAAAAGUAUUGGAGUAAAUAAUUUUCUUAUACGCUUAAAAAGUUUAUAUAACAAGAGUGAAUCAUCAUAACGUCGUGAUAAAAGUAUUUACUAUUUGGAAUAAAACUCGGACUAUUGGAAUAACAUAAAAAGAUUUGGCGGUAAAAGAAACGUGUUUCCGGUAUGGUGUACAAAUCAAGAUGACAAGACAUAUUUCAACAGGAGUUCUAGUCUCCAUGCUUAUUUUGUUACAAUCUUUUGCUUCCGAAGGGGCAGUUGGAACAGAGUGUAGUACAAAAGACGAAUGUGGAAAAAAUGAAGACUGUGGAAUUGGCGGUGUGUGCGAGUGUGUUCCCGGAUAUAAAAUAGUAGAAGAUGGAUGUUUUAACGAAUGUCCUGCGCUGGAUGACCCAGCUGAUGGUAUAGUAGAGGUGAAACCUAACACAGAAACAACGGAGUAUGAAGCGAUAUAUGCAUGUAUUACUGGGUUUGAAAUACAAGGCCCAUCUAGAAGACGCUGCUUAAAUGAUAGCACCUGGGAAGGGUCAGCGCCUACCUGUAAAAAGAUAGCAUGUCCAUCUCUGGCCCCGCCUCUUAACGGACGAGUUUCUUUGUCAGACAACAUUGGCGAAUUUGGUUCCACAGCUAGUUACACUUGUAACCAAGGUUUCGAGAUUACAAGUGGUGACGCUGUUAGAGAGUGCCAGUCAAACAAAGAGUGGACAGGGAUCCAGCCCGUAUGUAGCGGAAUCGUGGAUCCAUGUGUGCCAAACCCUUGCCCGACACCCACCGAGGCUACACAGCUUGAUUGUGUUGCUAACCUAGAAGAUGACAAACAACAUGUGUGUAUUUGUCCUAUUGGAAAGAAAGGAGCAAAUUGCGAUGAAGAGGAUCCACCAAUUUCAUGUAGAGGAAUGAGAAAGAAAUUCAUUUAUUUUGAGUCAAGCCCGACUUUGUCAGACAGAAUGGUAUGUUUGCCGAAGAAGAACUCAACAUCAGAGAACGUGUGUUACAAUCCUAAUGAAGAUAUUACGUACAGAUUUGAUGGUGCCAAUGAUAUAAGUGUAGAUGACACUGGACCAGGAAAAUUCUGUCUGACAUACACAAAUGCUGCACCAACUAUUCCGGAAGAUUGUGUGAACAUUAAAGCAUUUGAAGCAGACGACAUUGAUUAUCGACCAUGGAUUAAUGAAACGUUCCAAUUAUGUUUCAUUUUCAACCGACACCCGAAGAUAAGUCCACUGAACGAAACCUUGACUUAUAAUGUAGUUACAAUGGCGGAUACGGUGAACGUUCCUAUACAAGCAUCUGACAUAGACAACCAAACAUUAACACUUACAAUUACUAAUGUCGGCAGAAUUGAUUUUGAGGAUAAAUUUAGUAUUGCAGACGAUAAUCUUGUUAUUAGCAAUCCUAUCCAGCUGUAUGAGUCUAACCCAGGCAUCUUUGGUGAUAUAUUUACUGUGCAAAUUAAGGCAACCGAUAAUGGUGUUCCUCAACUUGAUGACAGAAGUGAUAUCAAUGUAAAGUUUGUAUAUGAACAACUAGAAUGUACUGUUCCUGAAGAUGUUUUUAUGGUUCAUCUUGACCCUGUACCGACAGAUCGUGUAAAUCUUGGUCAGAUAGUGUGCACAGCAGCAGGGAGUUCAGUAACUCCUGUCUUUGAAAUUACAAACGAAGGCGGCCCUGUCGUAAUAGAGGCAGACGGUACAAUAUUUUAUAAUCCAGCUGCAACAGAUGCAGAGGGCAGAUUUAGAAUUAAUGUUCGUGCUGAUGUAACAGUUUCUGUGCCAAUAUCUUCUGCGUUUCAUUUCGUUGUGUUUGCAGCGGAUUUCAAUCCCCGAUGUACACAAUCUGACUUACAAAGGCCAGUAGAAGUUAGCGAGAAGGCAGACACUGGUACGUGCAGUGAUGCAACAUUCACGUGUGAUGAUCGAGCUAACAUAACUAAGACAUGCACAGAUACGUCAGACCUGUUCAAUGUUUUAUGUGAGAGUGUUUCUUCUAAUAUAACAGACGUCAAAGUAUGCACGGCAGCUUCUCUCGACCAAAAAGCUGGAAAGGAAGAAAAGGUGUCAAUCGAAGUACAAAAUGCAUACGGUGUUGAAAACAUUGAAGUUACAUUCUCCAUAACAAAUGUUAAUGAUCCACCCACAUUCGUCACAGAUGUAGAACAAAUAAACAUAGAAAUAUCAGAGGAAUCUACCCCACCAAUGGCACUUACAGACGCUGUUUUCCCUGUGGCUGAUCCUGAUAUAUCUAUUGACCUCAACCUUGACAAUCUUACUGCAUCAAUUAAAGAUAUUGAUGCCAUAGAAACAGCAGAUGCAUUACCAUUUACUGCUAGUGUUAACUCCUUCAAAAAUGCAGUAUCUGUGACUUUAUCACAAGAUCUUCGCCCUAAACAACGUCAUAACUACCGAUUAGAGUUAAAGGUAGAGGAUUCUGCUGGGGAAUCGGAUACGAUAAACUUAAAUAUAACAGUUACGGACAUAAACGAAAAACCUAAAUGUACACAGUCUGCAAUUAACACUAGUGCAACUGUAAGGGACCCUGUAGAUUAUGUUGUCACCAUAUUGCCAUGUACAGAUGAUGACUUCAGUCAGUCCUAUAACACUCUAUCUUACAGUCUUGAAGGAGAUGUGAAUACAUUAGCUUAUUUCCAAAUUGACUCUAAUGGUGAAGUUAAAUUGAAACAGGAAUUAACAUUAUUUACAAGUGGUACAGAACUUACAUUCACUGCACGCGUAAAUGACGGCGGAGGCCUUUCAGAAGUCGUUCAAAUACGAGUCAAUGUCAUUACAUCUUAUCCACCGGAAUGCGAAAAAUACGAAGUGAUUCAAAAUGUAUCCGAAAUAAGUGGUUUAGACUACUGUUUUGAAGUAAUAGUGAAUUGUAACGAUCCUGUUAAAAGUGAAACAUUACUAUUCAAAGAGCCCAGCGGCAAUGGAACUCAGCUUUUUACAUUAAACUCAGAUGCAACUAACAACGAUAAAAUUUCAUUCUGUACACGGGAAAGUUUAAAAGGCAAAGUCGGCCAAUGGCAUUUAAACUUGGAAGUUCAAUCAUCUUAUGGUCCACGAAAUAUUCAAAUCAUUGUCAGUGUUCAGGAUGAAAACGAUGCUCCUGAAUGUGCACCUUCUAAAAUGGAUAUUAAAGCUUCCGCCACUGACAGUGCCGAUACAAUACUGGACAACAUCAUUUGUACCGACAAAGAUACUGAUGCAAAUUUUAAAACAUUAACAUAUACCCUCGAGGGCCAGUCUGAUGUAAUUUCUUAUUUCAACAUGAAUGCGGGUGAAAUCAAGCUUGCUAAAGCUCUGUCUGAUAUAACUGGAACUAACAAUAUUUUGUCGUUUACUGUAAGGGUUGAAGACGGUGGCGGUUUGUCUGUAACUGUAACAGUCACUGUAACUGUUAAAACUGACUUUCCUCCAUCAUGUAACAUGACCGAUUUUGAAAUUACCAUAAGUGAAGCAACAGAUAAAGACGUGUGUCGGUUAAAAGAGAUCGGUUGCCAGGAUAUUGUUCGCGGUGAAUCUCUCCAGUAUAACAUCACUUCUGGCAAUGGUACUGCACUAUUUUAUGAAAAAGACAGCACUAAUUUCAACCUGAAUUUAUGCACACAGACGAGCCUUCAAGGAAAAUAUGGACCAUGGAAGAUUGUUGUGGUUGUAAAGUCAUCGCACGGAGAGACCACUCUUAAUUGCAUUGUUCGAGUGGUUGAUAAAAAUGAUCCUCCUGAAUUUUCAGAAACACUUUAUUCUUACAAAGUUCCUGAAAGUGCCACAAUUAACACGGUCGUAACCACUUUAUUAGCUACAGACCAAGACUCUGGUGCUUUUGGAAAACUUACUUACCUUUCAAAAGAUAUCGAAGAGUCUGGUUUAUUUACAUUAAAUAAGGAUAACGGGGAAAUAAGAAUUAUCUCAUCAUUAGAUGCAGACGGAUCAGAUUCCAAUUCGUAUACAUAUAUAGUUCAGGCCGUAGAUGGCGCAUCAGUACCACUCUCCGCCACAGCGUCUGUUCAGAUUGAUAUCAUUGACGUGAAUGAUGAAAAGCCUGUAUGUUCCCCAACUGAUGUAACAGACAGUAUUCAACUGCUCACAGCCAUAGGAACCGUGAUAAGACAACUUGACUGUUCUGAUGCAGACAUGUCACCAAGUUUUCGUGUCCUUGAGUACAGUACAACAUCGCCUUAUUUUAGUGUUAACAGUACAGGGUAUGUUACAUUGUCAAGUAAACUGCCACGUGACGUAACACAGCACGAGGUUAAUGUCAAAGUAACUGACUCCGACAAAUCCUCCGAUCCGGAUUUCUCAACGCACGUUAUUAUCACAGUUCAAGUGGACAAUAAAGUUUCGCCAGUAUGUACACCAGAAAAGGUAGAGGCGGCUUUGGACGAAACAAAAUCAGUUGGCAUCUGUGUUGAAACAGACAUUAUUUGUACAGAUCCAACAGAGGGUGAUGUCACGUUAGAAUCUCAGUCUGGAUCUGGAGCAGAAAAUAAUUUAUUUGAAAUUAAACCGAACAAAGAGACAGGAAAGCUUACUCUUUCUGCUUGUAUCAAAUCAAGUCUGAAGAACAAGUUUGGAGAAUAUAUAUUAAUUGGUUCAGUAACAAAUGGUCUUGCAUCCACGACUGUCAGUUUUCAUAACACGGUCAGGAAUGUCAAUGAGCCACCGGUGUUUACACCAGAUUCCUACAGCAUUGACGUUUCAGAGAAUUUCGAACUGAAUAAGGAAAUUUUGAAAAUAAGUGUCUCUGAUCCAGAUGACGGCAUGGGGGACCCAAGUUACGAGCUUGAUGACAUAACAGUGGAAGCAUCAAAUAAUGCAGAUUUUGGAGGAGCUUUAAGUGAUUCAAUUCUUUUCUUAAAAGCUGUCAAGACAUUUUAUGCUUACAGAAAGUUUAAUGCAACUGUAAGAAAUAUAUACAAGUAUACAGUAACGGCUGUAGACAAAAGCGGUUUAAAGACGACAACAACGGUGACAAUCAACAUUCUAGACGAGAACUCAGCGCCGUUUUGUGACCCGUCACAAUAUGUAGCAACUAUCGAUAUUCUUGCUGAGCAGAAUAAGGUUGUUCUCAUGUUACAGUGUUAUGAUACUGACAUAGAUCCCGACAACGUCAAGCUGGAAUAUAAGAUAGUGGGCGGAGACAGUGAUGGGUAUUUCGACGUAACCGGAGAUGGUAAACUGAUUGUGCAAAAACCUCUUCCUCGAGAUGAUUUGAUAUAUAACGUUGGAAAUGCUGAUAUUCAGGUGCAAGUUAGUGAUACAGGCACACCCCCAUUAUCAACAUCCAUCACAGCGACUGUUGAUGUAUUAAGAAACAUUUCUGCGACAUGUAAGCCAGUCAUCAUCCCACCUGAUGUUUGGAUACAGGGUAAUUGUGUCACAAUAAAAAUGGACUGUACAGAUCCUACCAAAACCGGCAUAGAUCAUCUUCAAUACACUUUGAUGAAAGACAGUAAUUACACGACAGGUUUCAAUUUGAAAAGCAAUUCGCAAGGAACCAUUGAGUUGUGCUACACACUUCUAGUUAGCGGUGUAUUCGAGGUAAAAGUAGAAGUAAACAACGGUCUAGGCAUUUAUAAAUGGACGGACAACAUAGUUGUUAGCUAUGCCAAGGCAACGCCAAUCUUUACUGAAUCUAAAUAUACUAAAACUAUACCCGAGACAACAGUGACAGGCACAGAGGUCGUUAUGGUAGAGGCAAAACAAAAUCAGCUGAUUGGAAAAGUACAGUAUAAUGUUUUAGGGGACGUGUCAACGAAAGGUUGGGAAACUUAUUUCUCAUUAGAUAGUACCACUGGAAAAAUAACAACAGUUACUGGGAUAAAAACAUUAGCUGAUAGUGUUAUUACUCUCAAAGUAGAGGCUGUGGAUACAGUUUCGCAGUUACGAUCAUCAGUUUUGGUAGAGCUUACAGUUGUAGACUUAAACGAGCGACCCACCUGCACAAUAUCAUCUACCAACCUUGACAUUCAAGUCGGUACAGCGGUUGAUACACAUAUCAUUGAAUUCGCUUGUAGUGACCCGGAUGUAAAAAAAGAGUACCGCACGCUUUCUUACGACAUUUCCGGUUCUGACAUUGAUGUCUAUUUCAAAUUUGUUGGAGAUCCCGCCACAUCAGUAGCUAUUAAGACGCCGUUGAGCAUACUGACGUUCAAAUACGUGAUCUCACUCACAGUCAGUGACCAAGGGACACCCCCUCUUUUAUUUUCUCAGGACUUUACCGUUAAUGUAAACCUGUUACCACCAGCUGUAGAUGUGGUAGCGACCGCAUUAAGUUUUGACACUGUUAAAGUAACAUGGGACUAUGCAAGGCCUGACUUUUAUGACGUCACGAACGGAUUUAAAGUAAAGGCAUUGACAUUGGCAAAUAUUAUUGCGAAGGAAUCUCCGGAGCUAGAUUCUAGCACAAAAACAUAUGAGAUAUCGGGAUUGUCUGCGAAGACACAGUAUAUAAUUGUUGUUGAAGCUAUAACAGACGCUGGUAGACGAUCAUCACAAGGUCAACCUGUGACAACACAAGAGAUACCGGUGCUCACCCAUUUCACGGCAAUAUUUGUGGCAUAUAAGGACUACAACGAUAGGUUACGAGAUGUUUUAUCGCAAAUAUAUUACGAAUAUAAAAGAGAUGUUACAGAGAGUGUUUCAUAUGUUCUAAAAGAUACAGCUGGGUUUGCUGGAAUAAGAGAUGUCAGUUUUAGACGGCACAACAGUAUUUAUGUUGAUAUACAAGCGUCCGUUAACCAGUCGGGUAAUGUAGAUUAUACAAUAGAGAAAUUGGAAGAGGCAGUGUCAACUGGAAAACUGAAUCAGAUGUCUGUACAAAAAGAUUUUUUCCAGGCCGCAGUUGGGGCUGGAUUUAUUUCCAUCGAUGCGUUGACGUACCGACCAACUGAAGUUUAUAAUGGAAGCGAGAUCGUUCUGAGUUGCAACAUCACCGCUGUUGGUUACUCUGAGGACGAACAAUUUGAUUUCUGGUGGACAUACAGAGGUAAUAGAUUAUAUCCGAAUGACCAAUCACGAUAUAGUGUGUCGACAUCUGCAGAUGAAGUGUUUAAUGAAUACAAACGUUCUACGCUACGUGUUAAUCCAAUCCAAGGCGACAUGUCGGGAUUUUAUGGCUGCCACGUUAGUGACGCUGCUGGGGAACAAGUGAAAGAUAAAACUAUUGAAUUAUCUGUCAUAUCACAACCAACAGUAUUCAUUACACCAAAAAGUCUUACUGUUAAAUAUGGUGAAACUGUAAAUGUCACAUGUGGGCUAAUUGAAAUACCAGGGACGUUUGAGCGUUUUAUCUGGUACAGAAAUGGAGAACCGUUCCUCAAAGAAGCUAAUGAAGUUAUUACAGAAUCCUCUGCCCUAAUGACAAUAACGGUAAAAGGAAUCCGGGAAAAUGUUGUAUUUGGUUGUGAAGCUAAGAAUGAAGCCGGCAGCAGUGCCCGUGUGUUCUCAUACAUUGGUGUCAUUCCUCAAGAUGCAACAACAGAAGAGUUGUGUCCUGAAGUACAAGACUAUCGUGGUACCACGUGGCCUCAGUCGGCACCGGGAAUUGUUGUUCGUUUAAAUUGUAACGACACUCAAAGUUACUCAGGAGAAAUCUAUCGAGGGUGCUCGGCAACUGGAGUUUGGAAUCCCCCCGUCUACGAAUGUGUUAGUACAGAGCUUUCAACAAUCGAACAACAGUUAAAAGAUAUACAGGAUGGAUUUAAACCAUUGAACCUGACAGAAGUUCUUGUAGACCUUAAUAAAGCUACGACUGACAACUCCUUGUAUAUAGGUGAUAUUGAUAGUACUCUUACCUCACUAGACAUUGCUGUUGGAAUAGAUGACAACGCUACUUCUGAUGAAAAAGUUACCCGAAAAGAUAAUAUACUGAAGAUCUGUAGCAGUCUAAUAGCACAACAAAACAGGGAGCCUUGGUUCUCCAGCAUUGAAGUGCGGCGGAAAGGAGCUAUUUCAAUUCCUAGGCUUGUUGAGCAGUCAAAUACAAAGUCAAUGGAUGGCGUUAUAGACAAUAAGGAAAUAAUUUUAUCAGUGCCAAAUAUACACAUCACGAUUGGAGCGGGUAAAAGAGAUGUGUACACGUUCCCGGAUAAGAGCAAUACAGCGCCGGAUUGGGUCAAGUCCACAAAGACUAGCAUAGUUAUUCAAGGGGAAGCAUUCAAAGAUAUUCCAAAUGUACACUAUGCCAGUUCAUACUUCAGAAACAUCACGCCAAUACUAGUUAAAACUUUGAAAAAGGAUGGAAGAGUUACAGAUGUGUCGUCAUCGUAUGAUAUCAAUGCACCAAUCGUCUCAUUUCAACUUAAAGAGAUUUUGUCAAAAGUGGAUCCUCCAGCAGAAAUUACAUUUGAGCAUUUUGAUAGUAAUUAUUCAAAUCCAAUAUGUUGUUACUGGGACUUUCAAGAAGAGUAUGUUUUUCCUUAUUAUUUUACUUACCAUCAAUGCAAUGCCAGUAGCCAUUAUUUUCUGUUCCUCAUAUUUACAUGA